AUGGCCGCUUGCCUUUCCUACCCCGUCGGCGUGGCCAAACUGAGCCUACGGCAGCCCAUCUUCGACGACAACCGCAAAGCUUGGGGACAGGUCCUGGAACGGUUCAACAAUGCCCUCGAACAGGUCUGUUCCGAGGGCACCUCGGCAUCGCAGCAGCGACACCAGUCUCGAGGCCAGCUUCUCGCCAGGGACCGCGUAGCGUUGCUGCUCGACCACGAUUCCCCUUUCAUGGAGCUCGCUCAGUUCGCUGGCUUUGGGCUCGACUCGUCUCCCUGUGCUAGUCUUGUAGCUGUCUUGAAGCACAAUCGCGUGACGGAGAUUGCAACGGAAAAUGGGCUGCCGAUCAUUGGUCUUGUACAAGCAGCAGGCGCUUAUCUCCCGCAACAAUUCCGCGUCUUCCAUCGCGCAGGCCAAAUGUUCCGAGACCUUGCGCGUCGAAGCGCUGCCGGCCAGUUCUCGUGCAGCGUCGUCUUCGGCUCUUCGACCGCUGGAGGGGCGUACCUCCCCGGAAUAUCCGACUACACUAUCUUGGUGCAAAAUCAAGCACAGGUCUUUCUUGGGGGUCCUCCCCUGGUAAAGAUGGCCACGGGCGAGGUUAUAGAUGCCGAGACUCUCGGAGGGGCCAAGAUGCAUUCCACCGUUACGGGGUUGGCGGACCAGAUCGCGGUAGAUGAGUUUGACGCAAUCCGCAAAGCCCGCGAAUGGGUCAAAUCCAUUCAAGUCCCCUUCCAGCUGGCGCGGCGGCCCAUGGGAGAGCCCCUAGCCCCACGCUAUCCUAUGGACGACUUGCUAUCGCUGGUUAACCCGGAUAUCCGUAAGCCCUUUGAUAUGACCGAGGUUGUGCUGAGGCUAGUGGACGACUCGCGGAUUGCCCUUUUCAAACCGGCAUAUGGCAGGAAUUUACUGACGACUUGGGCCGAGAUCCACGGCCACCCAAUUGGCAUCAUUGGCAAUCAAACGCCGGUGAUCCGCGCCGACGAGGCAUGCAAAGGUGCCCAGUUCAUCAGAUUGUGCAAUCAGAGAUGUAUCCCUAUAAUCUACCUUCACAACGUGACCGGAUUCAUGGUUGGCUCUGAUGCGGAACGGCAAGGCAUUAUUAAGAAAGGGGCUCAGUUCGUUGCCGCCGUCAGCUGCUCAAAGGUCCCUCAGAUAUCCGUCAUUCUUGGGUCUUCUUACGGAGCCGGCAACUAUGCCAUGUGCGGCCGUGCAUAUCAGCCCCGCUUCCUAUUCACAUGGCCCUCGAGCCGCUGCAGCGUCAUGGGGCCCGACCAGCUUGCGGGUGUCAUGGAAAUCGUGCAGUCUGGAAGCAGAGCCAGGCAGAAUAAUGCCAAUAAGAGCGACGCUGCUGCUGCCGUGCCUAAAGAGCCAUCAAACAGCCGCGAGAAGCAGAGAGAGAUGGUUGAACGGGAAAGCGAGUCAUAUUACACGAGUGCCAACUUGCUAGACGAUGGCAUCAUAGACCCACGGGACACACGCGACAUCCUAGGAAUGUGUCUAGAUGUGGUGACUAUUUCGCCGGUAAAAGGUGCCGAAAGCCACCAGGGCCUGGCACGUCUCUAG